CCCUUCUCGGAAGUGCACGGCCACUCGGCUCGGCGCUCUCAAAGCGGCACAACCACGCACGAGGAGCUGGGGGCGGAGGGUGCCCAAAUGGCGAGCACCGCGCCGCCGCCGCUGCUGCUGCUGCUGCUGCUACUCCUCGCGGGGCUCGCGCCGACCACCGCCGGCGCCACCGACGAGGGAACGCCCGGCGGAAACGGACACGCCGCGAGCGCUCCGUGCGAGCUCAAGAGCGUCACCGUCUCCACGCUCCCCGUGCUCCGGGAGAACGAGUUCAGCUUUACCGGCGUGGGAGCCUCCGGGAGCUCGGUCGGAGGUGGAGGGGGCGCCUCGGCCGGAGCUGCGGGGACCGCUGGAGGAGGACCGGGAGGAGGUGGUGGGGAAUCCCGGCUCCUGUUGUUCGUCAGGACGGAUCUACCUGGUCGGAUUUCCGUAAUGGAUGAUCUCGACAAUACGGCUCUGCCUUACUUCGCACUCGAGAUGUCGGGGAGGGGCGAAGACAUCUCCCAGGUGCACUGGAAGCAGCAGUGGCUGGAGAACGGGACGCUUUACUUCCACGUGUCCAUGACAGAGUCGGAAGCGGUGGCCCAGACCACGCAGGCAUCGGUGCGGGAGCCGGUGCACAUCACGCACGAACACAUGCAUCUGCUGCACAUCUCGGUUAUGGGAGGCCUGAUUGCCCUGCUCCUGCUUAUUCUCCUCUUCACCCUGGUCCUGUACACCCGCCACCGAUGGUGCAAGCGUCGCAGGAUCCCCCAGAAGAGCGCCAGCACGGAGGCCACUCACGAGAUUCACUACAUCCCCUCGGUACUGCUGGGCCCCCAGGGCCGCGACAGCUACCGAGGCUCUCGGAACGCGCACCAGCACGGCGGCUCCGUCAUCGGCGCGCCCAUCCGAGAGACGCCCAUCCUCGACGAUUACGACGGCGACGAGGACGACCCGGCGCUACGCUCGUUGAACUCCACCCCCAAUCAGCUGCACGAGAAAGUGAGCGACGGGAUGAUCCAGGAGGACUACGGCGUCGGCAUCGGCUACGGGGGGCACGCGGACAUCAAGGAGGAUGAGCUGACGCGUUCUUUCGACAAGCGAGCCAUCGACCCAAACAGAGACGCGGUGGAAGAUUUGAUGCAGCGGUUCCAGGACAGCUUCCGCGUUCCCAAAACCCCGCCAGACAUUUCUCGCUACCAGCACGUCAUCCACAGCUCGUCGACCAGCCGCCGCAGGGUCCCCAGCCACACCAGAGGCAUGUUUGGUCCUCAAGGAGAAUCAGGGUCAGAGCCCGAGGACGACAACCAGACAAAGUUUUUCACCGAGCAGCACAGAGGACGACGGCGCAGCAAAGGCCACCCACACAGCCCUCUAAACAAGGUCACCUUGACGCUGAUUACCAUCAGCACUUGUGUCGUGGCCAUUGUCUACGCCACGCAGGAUUCCUGCCCGCUCACUGUCAAGGUCACGCUCCAUGUGCCCGAGCACUUUGUCGCAGAUGGAAGUAGUUUUGUGGUGGGUAUGGGCAGCUUCCUGGAUGUCUCCAACUGGCUCAACCCAUCCAAGCUCAUCCUGUACUACCAGACCAAUUCGUCGACGCAGUGGGUGCGAGACUACUGCGGAGAGAGGACGACCGACCCCUGCGAGCAGAUUUGCGACCGGGACACAGGAGAAUGCAGCUGUCACGACGGCUAUUCCCCGGAUCUUGUCCAUAAGCACCUCUGCGUUCGCAGCGACUGGGGUCAGAAUGAAGGGCCUUGGCCGUACGCUAACCUUGAGAAAGGUUACGACCUGGUUACGGGCGAACAAGCCCCGGAGAGAAUCUUCAGAUCACUCUAUAGUCUGGGCCAAGGCUUGUGGCUGCCUGUCAGCAAGAGCUUCGUGGUGCCGCCGGUGGAGCUGUCCAUCAAUCCCAUCGCCAGCUGUAAGACAGACGUGCUGGUGAGCGAAGAUCCCGGAGAGGUCAGGGACGAAGCCAUGAUGUCCACAUAUUUCGAGACCGUCGAGGACUUGCUGGCAUCGUUCGGGCCCGUCCGUGACUGCUCCAAAGACAACGGCGGCUGCAAGAAGAAUUUCAAGUGCGUGUCAGACCGACGGUUGGAUUCAUCUGGCUGCAUGUGGCGCCUGAUUAAAAUGCAUGUGCUGACCCUUGUGCCUUCUUCGCUUCUUCUGUCUCCCUUAUCGCCCCCCUGCCUUCUCUUUCUCCUCCUUCUCCUCCUCCUCCUCUUGGCCUGCGUGUCUCCCGUGCAGUGUCCUAAUGGGCUGAGGCCAAUGAAGGACGGCUCCGGUUGCUAUGACUACUCAAGGGGCAUCGACUGCACCGACGGCUUUAACGGAGGCUGCGAGCAGCUGUGUCACCAGCAACUCGCGCCCCUCGAAGACCAGCCCGGCUCCAGCAACGUGCUCAUGUACUGCGGGUGUGUGCAGGAGUACAAACUGGCGGCAGAUGGGCGCUCGUGCUCGCUGCAGUCCGAAAACUGUGAGGGUCCCAAAUGUCCGCGGCAGGCCAUCCACUUCAACGUGACCUUGUUCGGCGAAAUGCUGCAUGGAUACGACAACAAAAGCCAACAGGUCAACCUGGGCCGGAUCUUUCAGAUGACCUUUCGAGAUAACAACUUUGUGAAGGACUUCCCCCAGCUAGCCGAUGGCCUCAUGGUUCUCCCCCUGCCAGUGGAGGAACAAUGCAGAGGCGUGUUGUCCGAACCGCUGCCAAACUUGGAUCUCCUCACAGGCGACGCCAAGUUCAACGAGGCCGCAGGCUACCCGAUGGUUCAGCAGUGGCGAGUGCGGAGCAAUCUGUACAAAGUCAAGCUCAGUUCCAUCACUCUGGCUUCAGGUUUCGCCAAGGUUCUCAAGACGCUGUCAGGCGAGAGCACGCGCGAGGAGUUGCUGGCUUUCCUGGCGCAAUACGGCAGCCACUACGUGUCAGAGGCGCUGUACGGCUCCGAGCUCAGCUGCAGCAUCUACUUCCCCAGCAAGAAGGCCCAACAGCAGCUCUGGCUCCAGUAUCAAAAAGAGGCAACAGAGCAAGGGCUCAGUGGCGGCAGCGGGCGUCAUGAUCUCAAAUCGGUGCCCUUUAUUAGCUACCUGGCAGCGUUGCAGAAGAGCCAACUGCUGUCCGACGACGCGGUCAGUGGUGUGGACAUCCGUUGCGAGGAAAAGGGCAGCUGCCCACUCAGCUGUCACCUGUGCCACCACCAGGCCGGGGCGGCGGGAGGCAUGGUGGCGAGGGGGCGUGGCAGGGGCGGCGAGCCGCCCUCGCCCAUCCCCGUCCUGUUGGACGUCAGCCGCGUGGUGCCUCUCUACAGCCUGGUCCAGGACAACGUCACCAAAGAGGCCUUCAAGAGCGCCACAAUGAGCUCAUACUGGUGUGCCGGAAAGGGCGACGUCAUCGAUAACUGGUGUCGCUGUGACCUGAGUGCCUUCAGCGAAGACGGCCUGCCCAACUGCAGUCCCCUCAGACGGCCGGUCUUGCGCCUCGCUCCUUACCUGGAGCCGUCGAGCACAAUGGUAGCCCUGGAGUGGUUGGACGUAGAGCCCCUGAUUGGCUACAAAGUUUCAGACUACAUCAUCCAGCACAAACGGGUGGAAGACCCCUCCGAGGCCGAGAUCUACACAGGCGAAGUGCUGAGCUUGUUGGAUGAUCUCUUCUCGGGUUUGGGGUCACCCUGCGUUGUGCCCGGUAAGAGGAGUGCCGAACAUCCCCACGCGCCGCUUUACUCCGUGGUUUUCAAGUGCCUGGAGCCUGACAGCCUCUACAAGUUCACUCUCUAUGCGGUGGACAGCCGGGGUAGUCACUCCGACUCGAGCUACGUCUCUGUACGGACGUCCUGCCCGAUGGUCGACGAUAGCCGAGCUGAAGAGAUCGCAGACAAGGUGUACAACUUGUACAACGGCUACACGAGUGGCAAGGAACAGCAGCUGGCGUACAACACCUUGAUGGAAAUCCCUCCUCCGCUGCUCUACCGUGUCCAGCACCACUACAAUUCCCUCUAUGAGAAGUUUGGCGACUUUGUGUGGCGCAGCGAGGACGAGCUGGGCCCCAGAAAGGCCAACCUGAUCCUCCGACGGGUGGACAAGAUCAGCCCCUAUUGCCGUUCCCUCCUGCGCAGCACGCACAUCCAGAGCCGCGCUGACACCAUGGCGUACAUUUACUGCCACAGCGACGACGGCCGGAUGCCCGGCGGCGGUGGCGACGCGCGCAGCGGCUCGUUGCACGAAGGCCGCACGGCCUGCAUGGAGAAGCUCAUUUCUGUCCAGCGCAAUACGUACAGCAACACCAAGCUCCGGUGAGACACGAGAAGGGGGGGGGGGGGGGCGGGGGGGGGGCGCACUUGCGUUUUGUGAUGUCACUGACUGAUGCAUCGGCUGACAUCGCCCAGGGGCAGGUGUCUCUGCCUGGAAAUCCGUGGCUUACUUUCAGCGUAAAUCACACUAACGUCACGUUGGACAGCAAAGGAGGCGAAAGAAAGACGCAAGCAUGUAGAUAUGUGAUGGCGAAUGGUAUAAGAGAAGCCAAUCCAACAGUUGUCUCUUUCAUUACGUUGAAUGUAGUCGCUUUGUUCAUGCUUUUACGUGACGCACUUAAAAAAAGUACAAAUCGAAAGAUCCGUUCGCCUUUUUUUUUCCCCCCACCACAGUUUACAAAGGAGAAAUGUUGAAGGCAUUUGCAUUGAGAAUUGCUUUUACAUUUUCAAAAUCCAGACAAAAUAAUUGCCAAUUCUUUAAAUAAAAAAAAAUAAA